AUUUAAAGUUUAUGAUAAAACUGCAUUUUUUUUUGUAAAAUGCAAGGCGUUAACACAUUUAAAGUACAAAGCCGUUGCAAUACUACAGGAUGAAGACUGUAUCAUUAAAGUUGGGAAGACUAUUUAGCAAUGACUCAUUGAUUGAUGUUUGCAAUGAUGCUUUCAAUAUGAGAAGCUAUCUUCAAAGUAAAAGCUGUGAUCUUAAAAGCAGAGAAUGUUAUGAUGAUCCAUUUUAUGUAUGUGAUUUAGACGAUAUUAUAGAAAAACAUUUGCUGUUUCAAAAUCUGCUGCCUCGAAUAAAGCCAUUUUUUGCUGUCAAAAGUAAUCCAAACCAUUUAGUCAUUGCACUACUGGCAAGACUUGGAGUAAACUUUGAUUGCGCAAGUAAGUGUGAAAUCGAAACCGUUCUUGAUAUGGAUGUUGAUCCUGAGAGAAUUAUUUUUGCUAAUCCAUGCAAACAAGAGUCUCAUGUCAAAUAUGCUAGGGAAAAAAAUGUGAGGAAAAUGACAUUUGACAGUGAAGGAGAACUGUACAAAAUAAAAGAAAAUUUUCCUGGAGCAGAGCUUGUCAUAAGAAUUAAAGUCGAUGAUUCUAACUCCGCUUACAAGCUUGGACGCAAGUUUGGUGCUAGUCUUGAAAACACACAAAAAUUGUUACAGCUUGCUAAGGACCUUGAUUUGAAUGUUAUUGGUGUAAGCUUUCAUGUUGGAACUGGUUGCUAUGAUGCUUCUUUAUUCUACAAUGCAGUAAAGUCUGCAGCUACUGUAUUUCAACAAGGGAACGCUGUUGGCUACACUUUCACAUUGCUGGACAUUGGUGGCGGAUUUCCUGGCUUUAAAAAUGAAACUAUUUCAAUGGAUAACAUUGCAGCCCAAUUAAAUCUUAGUUUGGCUGAGUUUUUUCCUUCAGAAAGAAAUUUAAUUAUAAUUGCUGAGCCAGGAAAAUAUUUUGUUGAAUCAGCAUUUACAUUAUGCUGUAAUGUAAUUUCAGUUAAAGAAGUUAAUGACAGAAAUAAGCACUUCAUGUAUUAUUUAAACGAUGGAGUUUUCAGUUCUUUUAUAGGAGUUUUAUUUGCUGAAAAGUUUAAACCUCUUUUACUUCAAGAAUCGGACACAACUUUAUUGUUUAAAAGCAGUCUUUGGGGACCAACCUGCGAUUCAUCCGAUUGCAUAUCAGAGGAAAUGUAUUUGCCAAAGCUUUCAGUUCGAGAUUGGUUGUAUUUUAAAAACAUGGGUGCGUACACCACAUGCUUUGCUUCAAAAUUCAAUGGCUUCAAUCCGCCUGUCAUUUACUAUGUGAGCACAAGUAAAAUAGGCAGUAUAUUUUCUGUAUCUUUUGACGAUUAAACUCAGUUUUGAUAAGGUUGGUUAAAGUUUCAACCAGAUAAGUUUUUAGGUUGUAUUUUAAAAUUUUCACAUAAUGCUUAUUAAAGUAAAAAAAAACAACAACAUUUCUCUAUCAAGUGUGAAGCAAGUUCUGAGUAAGUACAGAUUGAGAAAACAAGUCUCUACAUAUAAUAUAAAAGAUUAAUUUAUCAACAAAAGUUUAAAAAAUUUAAAGCUGAACAUUUCACAAAUAAUCCGCAAAUGCCGAAGUUAAAUAUCAAAGCAAUGGUAAUUGUUUUAUCGCACUGUAUUGGUUGAAUAUCAGGGGGUUGAAUAACAAAGUAAAGAGUUUGAAUAACAAAGUAUCAAGUUGUAUUUUUUGAAUAAUCUGGGAUUGAAUAAUAAAGCAAUGAGAUUUAAUAAAAAAAAAAAAAAAAUGACAA